AUGGACCCUCACAACCGAACCCAGGACGUCCUACACUGUGAAUUAUGUGAAGAGAAUGUGGUACAGAUGCACUGUGAUACGUGUCUUGUCAAGCUGUGUAAGACCUGUGUAGGAGACCACAUCUCAUCGGAGGAAUGCGAGGAUCCCAAAGUCGUUAGAUUCCAGUCCAGGAAAUCCGCCCCUGUGUAUCCAACGUGUGCAUUGCAUGAUAACAAGCGGUGUGAAAUGCACUGCCAGCAGUGCACUGUACCAAUCUGUUUCAUUUGCGCAACAUCUGAGAAACACGCCGGUCAUAGAUUUAAAAACAUUGUAGACAUUUUUGAUGAAAAGAAGAGAGAGUUUGAAAAAAAGAUAAAAGAUCUCCAAGAAAAUAUUCGAGUGAAACGCGCGGAUCAAGCUUCGAAAAUGGAGAAGCGAAUUGCGGAUCUAGAAAAGGAAUUCACGACACUUCUAGACACUGUGUCUAAACACGGAGAAGAACUGAAGAGAAAAAUUGAUCAAAUUGUUAUGGAGGUGCAGUCCGAAAUUGAGAGUAUUAGGAAAAAUCACGUGGAGCUGUUGACGGCAACAAGAACAGAAGUCCAGCAGAAUUUGACCGAACUCGACAGGGAAGUGUCCUCAUUAAAGGAAACACUAGAUUCUAACGACAUCAACAAAGUCUUCCAUUUUACACCAAAGAACAAGAUUUACAAAAAUCUAUCAGACGAUCCCGUGCUGACGAUGCCGGUUUUCUCUACAAAGAGGAUCGACUCCGUACAACUCCGUGAAAUGUUUGGAACACUGUCCAACAUUGUAACCAAACCCACCGCUAUAGCAAAAGUCAGACUGAUGGAAACACCGCUAAUGGUCCAUAGAAUAGCAACUGGUUAUUCUCAACUUUAUGGUGUUGCAUUUCUAGACAGGAUUGGGAUAUGGGCAACAGGAGAUGCCCAACAAAUAAAACUAUUUGAUGUGAAUGACAAGUCCAUAAAGAAGUCAAUCGACACCAAACUGUCAGGCGAUCAACUUAUAUCAGUGACAACUCAAGGUCAUCUUCUUUACGCGGAGAGGAAAGGCAAGACGAUUUAA